GGCCAGUCAAUCUGUCGUUAAAUGAAAUAGAGAAUCAGAGAAUGUGGAUGUGUGUGUCUGGGAUAUGUCUGCUUCGCCCCACUCCCGGCCCCCGGUAAUAUAUACUCGUCUGGACCUUGGUGCUAGAAAUAGCCCGCUGCCUGCUGGAAUAACAUGACGCUAAAGAGUGCUUGCCUUGCUAAAUAAAGUGUAAAAGUAAGUUGCAAAAAAAAAAUCAACCACAGGCCGAUUGUGAUUCUAUUUUUAACAUGGCUCUGUAUGGUCAGCGAUGGACAUACUUUUUUUUUUGCCUGCUUUAUGCAGGCGGUGCUUGGCAGCGGCAAGCAUCGUUUUGCAAGGGCAAAAAAUCAGGACUGACAGGAAUAGAAUAUUCCUCACAAGAGCUGUGGACAAUCCUCAGAACAGAUGAGGGACAGCGCCUGCUGGCAACCAACUGGAGCGCGCAUGCCAGCGCUUGUGAAUACGGGAAGGACGAGGAAAUCAAGAUGAGGAAAUGUCUGCUCCCUUCCCCAACAUUGGCAAAAGCAGGCAUGCCCGCUUUCCCUUUUUGACAACCGAUCAGCUAUUUUUGGAAUGCGGGGAAGUUCAGAGCACCAU